ACCACAUGAGGCCGAGGCCUCCUGCAGAGUUGCUGCUGCGCGGGUGUAAAGUUACGAGCGCACAGGACACACCUCCAGAGGGAGUUCCCUGGUGGACACAAGGAGCCGAUCACGUCUCCUGCAGGACGCCCAGGAGGAGUCCUGCCAUUCGGAGCGAGCGGUCGUCGGAGCCCGCGGCCGUGCGCCUUCCCCCCGCAGCUGUCGCCGUGCCACGGGAGGCAACAUGCCCGAGAUGGGCAACUCUUUACGCGCGGCCGCCCUCCUGGCGUUCGUGGUCCUCUCCAUUCUGGUGUCACUGUUGAUCAGCAGCGUGCAGCAGUUCGGAGCGAGGGUAUCGCACUUUUCCAAUGCAACUGUUGCAGCGGCUGAUGCGGAGGAGUUGGCGACGCUGCGCGGGGCGUUGAUUCACCAGCUGAACGAGAGGCGCAAAGAAAUACUUCCGCUGCUUUCACCCGAUGGAGAUGAACAGGGACAACCGGCGGGGACUCGACUUUCUCCCGAGCCGGACGCGACUGUGGAUUAUGAUCUGUGGAAUGAGAUCACGCAUGGCUCCAGGAAAGCGCAUAUGGAUGAAAUGGGCUGUGACUCCCUGGUGGACAUGCAGGCGGUGGAGAUCCUCGGCUCUGGAUACACCAAACUGGUUGUCAAAGUGAACCUGGCCGGAGGUCAGCCCGUGGCCCUAAAGCUCGUCAACGAGCAGGGGAUCGACAUGGGGAAGUGUUUGGAGGAUUUUAAAGACCCGCCGGGCUGCAGGGAGCUCGUGUCCUACAAGCUGCAGAAAGAAAUAGUCCUGUUGCAGAGGCUGCAGCAUCCAAAUGUCAUAAAGCUCAGGGGUCAUUGUGCAGGAGAUGCACGAGUCCAGGGAGAACGAGGAGCAGACCGAGGAAGAGUCACCGUGAUUCUGGAGCAGGGGAAUCCUCUGCAGAUGAUCCAGCUGCUGCAGAGCCCCUGGGAGGACAGAUUCAGGGUGUGUCUGGACCUGGUCCGACUCCUCCACUUCCUCUCGCAGUCUCCUCUUGGCUCUGUGGCUCUGCUGGACUUCCAGCCCCGGCAGUUUGUCACCGUGUCCGGCGAGCUGAAGCUCACCGACCUGGACGACGCCAGCGCGGAAGAAACCGCCUGCCAGAGUGACGCAGACUGCACCCUACUGUUUCCCCACAGAAAUUUCACCCUGCCCUGCUCGACUCGGGGCGUGUGCGAGGGCCUGAAUGAGAAGAGGAACAUUUACAACGCCUAUAGGUAUUUUUUCACCUACCUGCUGCCUCACCAGGCCCCGCCCGGCCUCACACACCUGGUAGACCACAUCAUGAACUCCACAGGGGAGCUGAAAGCCGACAUCAAUCAGACACUGGAGGCCUUUGAACAAAUCCUCCUCCUCUACAAGUCUGGCCUGCACCUGGACAACCUGCCUCCAUCAAUAAUCAGAGAUUACACCGUGAUCCGAGGUAUGGGAACCUCUGGGAACGUGGAGUACCGCUGCUGGCCGUCCUACAGCCAGCAGGGCUGCGUGCUGUCGGUCCACAGCGCCAGAGAGGCUGCGUACAUCUGUAACUCCCACUCCCAGUGCAACAGCUUCACUCUGAGCGGACAGAAGACGUGGACGGGGCGUCUCCUGGCCUCUUUCAGGAGCAGCUUCAGUCACCUGGUGCCUGGUGGGACAUCAGAGGUUUAUGUGAAGAAAACCAAAGCUCCUGAGACCUCCGCGGCGUGACGUGAGGAACAAACAGAACAGUCCUGUUGAGAUUUUGUUGGGAGUUGCUGUGGAGUGGGGAUGAGCGAUAACACACAGCCGGCGAUGUGAAGCAAAGCAAAAUGUUGCGCUUAAGAUGAGAAACUGUGUCCUGCUCGUGAAACAUGACGAGCGCAGCUCGGCUCUGUGGGUUCACGGGAGGAGGAGGAGGAGGCGUUUGAAGUGAGGCAAGUGAAUGUGAUGUAUUUAUAGGGCUUCUGCUCAGUGACUGUUUGAUCUGCCUGCCAGCUCACUGCCUCUGCCAACUACUAUUUUAAGGGAUUUCCCUUCAGGUACAAUUAAGGAGGGAGAGCCUUGCGCCCUUGACAUGUGUUUUUUUUUUUCUUUUUUCGCCCAUUUCUUUAUUUGCCAUGUGUGUUGGCUUUCGUUGUGAGGCCAGGUCCCCGUAGUAGGACUUUUAAGCCAAAGAGGUAAUGAGAACAGCCACUGCAGCUCAGCGCUUGAAGCCCGAGGACGAGAAAAGAAAACAAGCUCUUAUAGAAAUACACUUUGAUGUUAAUGCGCUGAGGUUUCGGCUGUUUUUUCACGGUUCCCUGGCUUAGCUGCGCUGUGGUAUGAGAUGGCAACAACCAUGUAAGCAUUUACACGUAAACAACGAGCAUCGAUGAUUAAAACCAUUCCAGAGUCUGUUUUACAUACUUUUGUAAACUUAGUAUAUAGUGCUUAGUUCAUAAAUAUUUAUGUGAUCAAAUGAUUAAAUGUAAAUGUUCUUACAUAAUUGUGCAUUAUAGCUUACGUGCACCUUGUGGGUGAAACUUUUAUUUUCAAUGAAAAAUGAUUCACUUCAGUGGCUUUUUUUUAUACUUCACUUAUUGCAACUGUACAGUUUUACAAUUUGUAAUAUAAAUGUAUUGUUUUUA